AAAAUCUGUUUUUAUCAAUAAAGCAUUUCUUGAUGACAUAAGUUUCUCAUUUUAAUUUUCUAGUUUUAUCGACCUGGAUGAUGAUCAUAUAAUAUUUAAGAUGUAUAAAGAAAUUGAAGAAUGCCUUAUUAUGUUUCAAAAUACAGUUUCUGGAAGAUGGAAAGAAACAUUGAAAAAUAUUGAGCAGAAAUUGAAUCGACCAUUGUUUAUUGAUGAUGCGGAAAAUCAUUACACUUUAACUCUUGAUUUACAAAUAACUAAUGUCAUUGAAGAAAUAAGAUACUUGAAGCUGCUGAAGAAAGAUGAUUUUUUGACCAAUGAAGCCAUUUUAUUCAAUGAAAAAGCGGGUAACCUUCUUCAGACACGAUCCUUGAUGGCUUCCAUAGUAAGAUGGUUCAACGACCUUGCUACGAAUUUAGUUGAAUUUGAUUACUGA